AAGAACCAGAUCAUGACGACGAACGUUUGGGUGGAACAAGAGUGGAACGAUUACAAGUUGAAGUGGAACCCGGACGACUAUGGCGGUGUCGACACUCUCCACGUACCAUCGGAACACAUAUGGCUGCCGGACAUUGUUCUUUACAACAACGCCGACGGCAACUACGAGGUGACCAUUAUGACCAAGGCGAUUUUGCACCAUACGGGGAAGGUCAUCUGGAAACCGCCGGCGAUCUAUAAAUCAUUCUGCGAGAUCGACGUGGAGUAUUUUCCCUUUGACGAGCAGACUUGUUUCAUGAAGUUUGGUUCGUGGACUUACGACGGGUACACGGUCGACCUCCGACACCUGGCCCAGACCGAGGAGUCGAACCGUAUCGAAGUCGGCAUCGACCUGACCGACUACUACAUUUCCGUCGAGUGGGACAUCAUAAAAGUGCCUGCCGUGAGGAACGAGGCGUUCUACAUAUGCUGCGAGGAACCAUUCCCGGAUAUCGUGUUCAAUAUCACCUUGCGCCGCAAGACCCUCUUCUACACGGUGAACCUGAUCAUACCGUGCGUGGGCAUAUCUUUUCUCUCGGUGCUGGUGUUCUACCUGCCAAGCGACAGCGGGGAGAAGGUCUCGCUCUCGAUCUCGAUACUGCUGUCGUUGACGGUGUUCUUUCUGUUGUUGGCCGAGAUUAUACCGCCCACGUCGUUAACGGUGCCGCUGCUCGGCAAGUACCUGCUGUUCACGAUGGUGCUGGUCACGCUGUCCGUAGUGGUGACGAUCGCCGUGCUAAACGUGAACUUUCGCUCGCCGGUGACCCACCGCAUGGCCAAAUGGGUGCGGGUGGUGUUCAUACAAGUGUUGCCGCGGUUCCUCUUCAUCGAGAGGCCGAGCAAGGACGAGGAGGAGGAGGACGAGGAGGACGCGAGGAACGGCGGCAUGGGCAUGAUCGGGGUCGCGGACGGCGAGCCGAUCGACGACGAGGACGAGGACGACGAGGACGACGACGUCGAGGCGGCCAACGGGAAAGCGACCGAUGGCAUGCUCACCGAUGUGUUCCAUGUACAAGAGACUGAUAAGUACGACGCGUACUACGGGAAACGGUUCAGCGGCGAGUACGAGAUACCCGCCCACGGGCUGCCACCCUCGGCGACCAGGUACGACCUCGGCGCCGUGGCCACCGUGGGGACCGUCGCCCCCUGCUUCGACGAGCCCCUACCCGCGCUGCCACUGCCCGGGGCUGACGACGACCUUUUCGGUCCGGCCAGCCCCGCUUAUGUUCACGAGGACGUCAGCCCCACGUUCGAGAAGCCGCUGGUGCGCGAGAUCGAGAAGACCAUCGACGAUGCCAGGUUCAUCGCUCAGCAUGCUAAGAACAAGGACAAGUUCGAGAGUGUGGAGGAGGACUGGAAGUACGUCGCGAUGGUGCUCGACCGGAUCUUCCUGUGGAUAUUCACGGUGGCGUGCGUGGUGGGAACGGUGUUGAUUAUUCUUCAGGCGCCGAGUCUCUACGACACGACGAAGCCGAUCGACAUCAAGUACAGUAAGAUCGCGAAGAAAAAGAUGAUGCAGAUGAACAUGGGUCCCGAGGAGGACUAGUCGACGAUUCCGCGCGGCCUCGCGCCGCGUUCGCAGCGUCGGCGGCUAUUAUUGCUGCCGCGUCGUCGCCGGCGUCGUCGUCGUCGUCUCCAUCGUCUUUGUCUUCGUUAUCGUCCUCGUUGUCGUCGUCGCCGUCG